AGCCGAAAGGUGGUGGGGUCCAGUUCAGGCGUGCCCGACACGUCGUCUCGUGGCACCGCCGCGCCGUGUGCUCCGGCUCCGCGAUAAACCGCGCCCACUGGACAGUGGACACGGCUGAUCGAUUUUUCUUUACCGUUUCCCGGUUCAAGUCAGCAGUUUAGGGUUCGAGAUCUCCGCAUCGCAUCGCGGCAGCCAUGGCGGCAAGCACACUUAGUACAGUCAAGGUGAGCAACGUGUCACUGAAAGCAGCACUGCGUGAUAUAAGAGAAUUCUUUUCCUUUUCUGGUGACAUUGUGCAUGUUGAAAUGCAAAGUGGUGAUGAGCUGUCUCAAGUUGCCUACAUUACUUUUAAAGACAAUCAAGGAGCUGAGACAGCUAUGCUUCUCACGGGGGCCACAAUAGUUGAUAUGGCCGUCAUCGUCACACCUACCACUGAAUAUGAGCUACCAGCUUCUGUUUUAGCUGCUCUAGAGCCCAAAGAUGCAAAACCUUCUGCCCUUCAAAAGGCUGAGGACAUUGUUGGGACCAUGCUAGCAAAGGGAUUCAUUCUUGGUAGGGAUGCACUGGACAAAGCAAAAGCUUUGGAUGAGAAGCAUCAGCUCACAUCAACUGCAACUGCUAGAGUAUCUUCAUUUGACAAGAGAAUCGGUUUAAGUGAGAAGAUCAGCGUUGGUACUUCAGCUGUAAAUGGUAAAGUGAAGGAAAUGGAUCAGAAAUACCAAGUCUCUGAGAAGACAAAGUCAGCACUGGCAGCUGCUGAACAGAGUGUCUCGACUGCUGGAUCUGCUAUCAUGAAGAACAGAUAUGUCCUUACUGGAGCAGCAUGGGUAACCGGUGCCUUAACUAAGGUCACCAAUGCCGCAAAUGAUGUCGGUGCAAAGGCUAAGGAGAAAAUAGCAGCUGAGCAGGAGCACACGGAUAUUGCCAUCUCUACAAUGGCGACUGUCCCUGCCACAGAUGAGGAGUCAAGCAAGGCGUCUCCACCUGCUGAUGCUCCUAAAAAGCCUGAACCUGCGCAGGGAUUGAUACUAUGAUAUGAUUUUGCUCCAUACACGCAUGUAAAUAGACAUGAGAUGGUUGUUGAACUCAUUUUGUAGUGUUGUGGUUGCCAUCUUCUGAUUGAAACCUCUUCGAAGUUGAAAGUUAUUGGGACCUAAAGGAGUUUGCAAUUUGUACCCAGUACUUUUAUCAAUUAAUCAUUAUUAUCCUGCAGUGGGAACUGGAGACAUAA